AUGUACGUCAUUCCCGGCUGCACAAAACUCGAUUUCUGCACCCCAGCUGGCGUUUUGGAGCCAUCCAUCUGUGAAUAUGUACGUUUUGUAGGCAAAUGCUUGGAUCCCAGCGACGAGUCCUUCUUAUCGACCAUGUUCUUGUUCAUCAGUCCCAUCAGACCAAAAUCCCGAAUGAAAUCAACUAUCUUGUCGUUGAUACAAUGCUCAGGAUGCGAUUUGAAGAAAGUGGUGGAAACCACGUCAAAUGGAUCAGACGUUAGGCAUCGCGGGAUGAUAUUCAGGUUAUCGUCAUUAGACCAGCGAAUAUGGUCGUGGCCUGUGUCUUGGUCGUAUUCGGCGUCUAUGGGCUCAUUGACAGACUCAAUCAUGGCGGAACGGGUUCGCCUAUUGCCUACCAACGGGAUGCGAACUCGAAACGAAUCAAAUUGCUGGUCUAAUUCGUCAACAGUGGGCGGAGAUUCUUGGUCGGAGCUUGCCGAUUGGUCGGUUCCUCCAUGCGACGGCAUACUAAAGGAGAUUUGCCCCUUAUGGUUCGAUCGAUCAAAGGAAAAUUGCAAAUACAGCGUGCUUCUUUUUUAG